GAAGCAGCAGCACCGAUCAGUCCUCUUCUUGAGAGGGGUAACAAAAGUCAAGAGGGAGGGAAGGGGUGGGGCUGAGCAGAUUUCUCGUUUCUCCUCUUUGAUUUUGCUUCUGUGCAGCUUCUCCUCUUCUUCCUCGAACCUCACCGCCCCCCCCACCCCCACCUCCAGCCAUCUCGCGUCCAUCCAAAUAAAGAAAGGCAGGGAGAUCAGCUAUAAACUUCGUAUCAAAGAACAGUCACCCGGAGAGAGAGAGGGAGAGAGAGUUUGUGGUGUCGUUUUUGUUCAUCGUCGCUGUUACUGUUGCUGUUGCUGUUGCUGUUGCUGUUGAUCAUGGGGAACUGCUGGGGAAAAAGAUCGGCUAUGGUGGAUCACCACCAGAGCCCCAACCCCACAAAAUCUUGCAGCCCAGAUGCUCUUGCUAAGAGUUCCAAGGCAAAGAGCGAUGCGUCGGCGGCGGCGGGGGGCGAGAACGGGAAGUCGCCGGCGGCAGGCGGCGUGGCGGCGGACGAGGCUCCGGCCGCGGCGAAAGCCGGGGAGGUGAUGACGCACAUCCUGAAGAUGUACUCGCUGGCGGAGCUGAAGAGCGCGACCAGGAACUUCAGGCCGGACACGAUGCUCGGGGAGGGCGGGUUCGGGAGGGUGUUCAAGGGGUGGGUGGACGAGAAGACCCUCGCCCCGGCCAAGGUCGGCAGCGGCAUCCCGGUCGCCGUCAAGAAGUCCAAUCCCGACAGCGAUCAGGGCCUGCGCGAAUGGCAGUCGGAAGUUGAGUUCUUGGGGAAAUUUUCUCAUCCGAACUUGGUGAGAUUAGUGGGGUAUUGCUGGGAAGACAAUCAGUAUCUCCUCGUGUACGAGUGCAUGCAGAGGGGAAGCUUAGAAAAUCACCUUUUCAGAAGGGGAGCCGAACCACUUCCGUGGGACGUGAGGCUUAAGAUAGCAAUCGGAGCUGCCCGUGGCCUCGAUUUCCUGCAUACGUCGGAGAAGAACGUCAUUUACAGGGACUUCAAAUCAUCCAAUAUACUAUUGGAUGCGGACUACAAUGCCAAGCUCUCGGAUUUCGGGCUAGCAAAGCUGGGACCGGCCGGCGGGAACUCUCACGUGACCACACGAGUGAUCGGAACAUAUGGUUAUGCCGCUCCCGAGUACAUCGCCACCGGGCAUCUGUAUGUGAAGAGCGAUGUCUACGGCUUCGGGGUGGUUCUACUAGAAAUGUUGACGGGCCUACAAGCGCUCGACCCGGAACGCCCCAGCGGCCAGCAGAAUCUGGUAGAAUGGGCGAGGCCGUUGCUCCGCGACAAGGGGAAGCUGAGGAAGAUAAUGGAUGCGAGACUAGAAGGUCAAUACCCUUUGAAAGCUGCAACUCAGGCAGCUGAACUCAUCCUCAAAUGCCUGGAAGGCGAUCCUAAAGCGAGGCCGUCGAUGGAUGAAGUGCUGGUGGCAUUAGAACGUAUCAACAAUAUACGGGAGAGAAAGGAGGCCAAGGCAAGCACGUCGAGCCGGCCUUCUUCUCACCAGCAUCAUCGCAACCACAAUCGAUCGCCGAUUCACCACAAUCACAGCGCUGAUGGUCCUCGUAGAUCCGGAACUCGACACUCCCAAUCCGCGGCGUCGAGGACUCAUUGAGAUGGAGAUUUGACUUAUUUCUUAAGACCAGAUGGAGCUGAAAUCUGUUUUUUUAGUAGGAUAUGCAACUCAGGAAUUAGAAUUUGGCAAGUAGAAAGUCAGCAACUCUAAAGGCUAGUCUCUUGUUAAAUAUUUUUGUCAAGGAUCGCAGUGCAGGCGGGGGAGGCACUUCACGGCCAAAUUUGUGUGUACAGUUGUCUAGACUGGGGUUUUAAACACGAUCAUACGUUUUACCAAAGAUGCAUUCGAAUUAUUUACGAGAUUGAUUUAUCGAA